AUGAAAAGGCCACGAAACGGCAAAGAAGUUGCAGAAAAAGAACAGCACAAAAAAGCCAGGGUCGUGCAAACUACCUAUAUUGGAAGGCUAAAGGAUUGGAAAAGGGAUGGAAUAACGCAGAUUAACAUUUCUGGCGAUUGUGAGGAUGUGUGUGUGAUUAGUACAUUUAAAGAAGGAAAGCGCGAGGGAUUGACGUAUUCGUUCUACAAGCAAACGGGAAAACUGAUUAAUACUGUCCUCUAUGAGAAUGACCGUAUUGUACAGCAGAUGGAUCUCCUCGCACAUCCAAAUGACUUUGCUAUUCUGGAUAGUCCUGAUGGCUCCAGGUGGGAAGGGCAAUCUACACUCUGCCGCUCCUGUGGGCAGGGAGAGGAAUAUGACAAAGACAACAACUUGAUCUAUCGAGGGAUGGAGGUGAAUAGUUUUCGUGAAGGCGUUGGAACCAGCUAUUUCCCCUACUUUGUCCCUCCGCAAAUUGAAUAUGAAGGAGAGUGGAGUUCGGGCUUGCGCCAAGGGGAGGGCACUGCAUAUGACCGCUUUGGGAAGCUUAUUCAUAAAGGAAAAUGGUUCCAAGACAAGCCUGCGGAGCUAUCCAAAACGAUCUCUGAUGACUCCGUUCCAAUUGAGUUUUCGACCUAUCUGGAGGAGCUCAUUUUUGGAGAUUUUUCAUGCAAUUCGUUGUCAGUUAUUGAUCUAUCGAAAUGCGAAAACCUGAAACGAUUUGUCGUUGGCAAGGGUUCGUGCCAUGCUAUAAAGCGACUUGAGAUUCGCUCCAUGCGUGCAUUGGAGGAGAUUAUAGUGAACGAUGAUUCUUUUUCUGUAGUCACUAAUUCGUGGGAAUCACACCAUCGCCACAAAGAAUUGGCGCAGCAGCAAAAAAAGCAUCUCAUUAUCGCCAAGAACCCAAAACUGCGUCUUCUUUCUUUAGGAAAGAACUCUUUCUCUGACUUUAUUAAAUUCGAAAUUCAAGGUAUUUACAUAUAUAUCUAUAUAUAUAUUUCGUUUUUCUAUUUUAUUGCUCACACUCAGACUGUCCUAUGCUAUCGGAUCUAA